AUGGCCACCACCGAGGUCGGCCAGAAGCCCGCCCCGCAGCGCUCAAAGUCGCCGGCAACGUCGCCGCCGCCGACGAAGUCCCUUUCGGCGGCCACGCUGGGCGCCAUGGAGGCCCUCGUACCGGACGUGAUCCCAAAGCCCGCCAAGCAGGUGCUCGCCGUCAAAUUCAAGAACGGCGUCGAGGCUCACAUGGGAAACACGCUCACCUGCGACCAGACGAGCGCGGCGCCCGAGAGCAUCUCGUUCAAGGGGCCCUCCAGUGCCUUCUACACGGUCGUCAUGGUCGACCCGGACGCGCCGAGCCGUUCCUCCGCGCGGCUCCGCUACUGGCGCCACUGGCUCGUCCUGAACGUGCCCAACAGCUGCGACGUCAAGGCCGGGGACACGGUUACACAAUACGCCGGACCGAGCCCACCCAAAGGAACGGGCCCGCAUCGUUACGCGUUGAUAGUGUACUCCCAGGGUACCAACCGCAUCACCGAGAGGGACGCCAGCGUGCCGGACGCCCGCGGAAUGUUCAACCUGAACCAUUUCGUCACCCAAAACAAGCUCGGAGACCCGCUGGCCGUCAACUACUUCGUUUGCGAGAGGUCGUAG